AUGGGUGAUGUUGAGGAGGGCAAGAAGAUUUCUGUUCAGAAGUGUGCCCAGUGCCAUACUGUGGAAAAGGGAGGCAAGCACAAGACUGGGCCAAAUCUCCAUGGUCUGUUUGGGCAAAAGACAGGUCAGGCUGUCGGAUUCUCUUACACAGAUGCCAACAAGAACGAAGGCAUCACCUGGGGAGAGGAGACGCUGAUGGAGUAUUUGGAGAAUCCCAAGAAGUACAUCCCUGGAACAAAAAUGAUCUUCGCUGGCAUUAAGAAGAAGGGAGAAAGGGCAGACUUGAUAGCGUAUCUCAAAAAAGCUACUAAUGCAUAA